AUGUCUGCCGUUGACAAAGAUGGUUACCUUCUCAGGCAACAAAGAAGUCACAAUUCUUCUUCCUAUGGACAUUUUCGGACGAUUUUUAUUUCCAGUGGUCUUAGCUGUUUGAUAACAGUUUUGAUUAUUUCGUUCUUAUUACGAAACACCGCGUUUGUUAACAUCUAUAUCCCGAAUUCGGCUUCACCUCAGACAAACAAACAUGAUCAGGAGCGACGAUCCUAUGCCAAGAAUGUGGAGCUAGUGAUGUUGCCUUUCGCUGUCAAACAAGGUGCAGUCUGCCUAGACGGAUCACCCCCCGGAUAUUACUUCAGACAAGGACAUGGCGCAGGGGGUAAUAACUGGAUUAUUCACUUCUUCGGUGGAGCAUGGUGUUUUGACGAGGAAUCCUGUCUUCAACGCAGUAAAACGCGAUUGGGAUCAAGUAAUUUCUUUCCGCCCCAUCCUCCAACACUGCAAGGAAUCCUCUCCGACAACGACAAAAUUAACCCGGAUUUCUACGAUUGGAACUUAGUUCUGUUGUGUUACUGUGACGGAGCUUCUUUUACUGGUUAUCGGUCAGAUCCAGUUAAUGUAAACGGACAGUAUAUCUAUAUGCGUGGUAAAAAAAUUCUGGAGGUGAUCAUUGAUCAGUUAUUGCAAAGCGAAUUUCGAAAUGCAAAGCGCUUACUCCUCAGUGGGACUUCCGCCGGAAGUUUAGCAGUGACGAUGAACGCCGACUUCGUUCGGAGUCGUAUUCCUAAAUCGAUAAAUGUUCGUGCACUGGUCGAUUCGGGUUACUUUGUCGAUGUAGCAGCACUGAGUGGUGAGGACAUGAUCAACAAGCAUUUUAAGGAGAUGUUUGAUGUGCACAACUCCGUUGGUGGCGUUGACGAAGAUUGUGCGAGAGGUUUUCGGCCGUCACUCCGUUGGAAAUGUUUAUUUCCCCAACAUGCUUUUAACUUCGUAAGCACGCCUCUUUUUGUGCUGCAAUCGGCAUAUGACGAGUGGCAACUGAUCCACAUUCGCGGAAUCAACUGCCAGGUUCCUGACUACAGCGAUAAUUUCACCACAAAACGAAGUCUUUUUCGUAGAUCUACCAAAGACACCAAUUCUCCGAGUAAGCCCAGCCCAGAUCGUAACUGGAACUACAAACACAUUCACGGCAUUUAUUGCAGGCCGCCAGAAUGCACGCGUAAUGAAAUGGCAGCAAUUAUGCAAUACAGGAAUGUGAGUCUGUUUGCAUUGCGCCCAGUGCUACGUUCACCCAACUCAGGUUUAUUUUUAAGCUCGUGUUUAGAACAUUCGCAGAGCUUGUAUGAUGAUACUUGGACUGGAAUCUUUGUGAAUGGUUUUAGCGUUGCUGAGGCUGUUGGAAACUGGAUGUUCGAGCGGACGACAGAACAUCAACAUAUUGACUGCGCUUUUCCCUGUAAUCCAUCGUGCGCUAAUGUCUGGUGA